AGAAGACGGCGUUUUGCCAGCCUUGUUUCGCACAGUUCAGUCACUCUUUUUCUUCCAAAACGACGACGAAUUUAAACCAGUGGUACAACAUUUUGUCAUAAUAGACGUCGUUGGUUGGACUUUAGUAGAGAUGAGUGAAGUUGAAGACAGGGUUGCGGUGACAGAGGCGGCUGACGGAAUCCAGACGUUGACGAUGACUGUGACAGAGUCGCAAAGUCAGCAAAGUGACUCUCCUUCUAACGUUUCAAACAACAGUCUGUUUGACCCAAAUGGUGUGGCACAAAGUAAUCCCAGACAACUGGUUGAUCUCGUUGACGUGGGGAUUUGCGAUAGCAAAACCAGAGUCGUCGGCCCUGCCCCGACGCUGAGGGUUGAAAAGUUACGUGACGAAGAUUCAGUUAGUUUGAACAGCUUAGCGUACACGAGCGAAGAGGAAGGCGGGAGUCAUGAUGUGUCCGAUAUGGACGCUGACCAUUCGGACAGAGGCGACGGCAACAAGCCACCACUAGCGGACUUUGUACCCCCUGAUGACGAACUGAAGAACAAAAUUAUAAGCCAGGUGGAAUUUUAUUUUUCAGAUGCAAACAUUCUGAAAGAUGCCUUCCUGCUGAAGCAUGUUCGCCGAAACAAACAAGGCUAUGUUAGCAUAAAAUUGAUAACCUCUUUUAAGAAAGUGAAGUCUUUGACUAAGGAUUAUCGUGUAGUAGCCUAUAGUUUAAGUGCAUCUGAAAAGUUGGAAGUGAAUGAGGAGGAAACAAAAGUGCGUCGUAAAGAUCCACUUCCAGAGUUUGAUGAGACAACACCUUCCCGAUCAGUUGUUGUUGUUAACAUCCCUAUAAACCCACCUACCAUUGAAGGUAUUGCUGAAAUGUUCUCCAAGUGUGGUGAAGUGGCACUUAUUCGCAUUAUUCGUCCUGGAAAGUCCAUUCCCCAAGAUGUGAAGAAGUACUCGUCCAAACACCCUGAAAUAGGAACCACUAUUUGUGCAGUGGUUGAGUUUGAAAAGCAUGAAUCUGCUAAAAAGGCAUGUGAGUUGAUGACAAACUCAGAUGACUGGAGGAAAGGCAUGCGUGUUGUUCUCCUUGCGGUGAACAAAAAGAAGGAUAAGGAUGGUGGAAAGAAGGUGGAUGUUAUAAAUGUGGGAGGAGCAGGUGAUCAGCAAGGGGACAUUCAUAUAGAGAAAGACCCUGAGGGAGAGCAUGGUGACCAGACCAAAGACCCAGAGAAAAAGCGCAGAAAGAGAGGUGCUCGUAAAAAGAAGAACCGAGUAGAUGAACUGACCAAUGAAACUGAAUCCUGCUACAGUAGUGGCUCUGAGGCGGAACAGGCGUCUAAGCCCCAGUCCUCCAGCCUUCAGGUCAAUCAGUCAGGGCUUGACCCUAAUCGCUUGAGUCCACACGGUACACCCAGGUCCAGCCCACGUUCUAGUCCCAUGUCUAGUCCUCGCAGUCGGCGCCGUGGGGGCUACGGCAAAUCCCCACUCCUGGAGAGUCCCAAUGGCAGCCCGCGCCCAAGUCCGCGUAGCAGCCCAGAGAUGGGCCGCAAGCGUGUGGAUUACUCCUCAGGUGGGGACAGUUCUCCGUCCAGCCCGUGGGUCCAGCGUAGAAUCAAAGCUGCGCAGGAGAGGAGUCCGUUGGCCCAGAAUGGUAGUCCUCGUGGUAGCCCUCUACCUGGGCGACGAAACAUGUCGAACAUGAUGGGGGUAGUACGACAGCCUCUUGGACCAGAUGGGUCUAAAGGUUUUUAUGGUGGUAAGGGUAGAGGUCUGCCUUUGUCCACCUCUGCGUAACAACUCAAUCCAGAAUUUCUUCACUGUGUUACAAUAUUGAUGUGUUUGAGUUUGCACAAGGUCGUAUGCAUGCGAACUAUGUUUUAGUUGUAUAUGAUGACUUUUAAGAGAACAAAGAUAGUAUGCUUGGGUGAAAAGUUACAUGUGAAAGGCAUUUAUGCAUAAGGCAUGUGCACAUUUACAUUUCUGUGCUUAUUUUAUUCCAAAGCGUUGCAUUUUGGCUAAACAAAAAUAUGUUUAUCAAAAAGGAUUAAAUUGAAAUAUUUGGAUGGUAUUCCAAGAAACUAGUUUACUAAACCAGAUGUGCACAGAAGUACAUAUCUCUUUACUAGCAGAUUAUAAUCAAAUCCAGGUUACAUUUCCUUACACUAGUGGCCAGUGUCAUAAUGGAGAGAGACUCGUCAUUUAAGAGUGAGAACAUGGAAUGAUUAGUUUUUAUUUAUAAAGGCACGAGUUAUGUAACAGUCGCAAGAUUGUUUAUAAUGUUAUACCUAUGGACACACAUUUGAUGUGCUGAAUGUAGUUUAUUUCACAGAGAAUUUCACAGCCACCUGACUUGAAUGAUAUUAAUUUUUACUUUUCCUUACUAUUCAGACCUUGGUGCUUUAUGCCUUAACCGUUUGGUUAUUUAAAAUGUGUUUGUGUAUGGUUUGAUUGAAACUGAGCAAGGUCAUGAAGUAUUUGUGUGUUUAUACCCCUAUUGAUAGUUGUUGUUUUCAUUACGAUAGUGGUAGUAAAAUCUUUCAAAGGAAAAGGAAAUAAUUAUUUUUUGUCAACAGCCAGUUUAUUUUAAAUGGACUUGUCUUGAAGGUACUAAAAAAUACUUUAAAAAAUUGUUGUUAUUUUACUGAAUUAUAUAAUUUUUGUUGGGUUUUUUUUAAUUACCUGCUAACUCAGCAGUGUGGUAAUUUUCAUUUGGUAAAUUGACCUGUUGAAAAUUUGGACAUGAGCUUUAUGCACUAUGUUUCGUGUACAUUUCCAAGUUCUGGCUGGCUGUUCUUCAGAUGUCUUCAUGUUUUUCAAAUCCACACAGUGAUCUGUUUGUCUGUUUGUGCUGUUUCUUAGAUGUGGAGUCUAGAAGCAGAGUAGGGUUUUACAAAACCAAAAAAUAAAAAAAAACCCACAACAAUAUGAAACUAUGAAAUUUCCCCAACUGUAUAGUUUCCUGUUAUCGUUCUCAUUACCUUGUACCAAAGCAGGGAAAUAACGAGCAAAAACACAGUAUGUAUUUUGUUCACAGUACCUGUUAAAUUUGCAAGUGGUAUCUGCAGUACAAGUGACUUUUGCGGUGUUCCAUGAUUUUCUUGUUUCCCAUAGCUGUAGCCAUAUCCUGAUAUGUUAGAUUUUAUAGCUAAAGUUAAGUAGCCAAAAAUGUUAGUUUGUCUCUGAACGUGAUUUAACUAUACUGCAUCUUCUACAAUUUAAGAUAUAGAUAGUUAGCUGAAAUAAUGGUCAUUUUGAGGAUGAGGGUCGGGGAAUAAUGACACGUUAGAGAAAAAAAAAAUAACAUUUCAUCUGCGCCAUUCCAGAAAAAAGAAAGCUUUUAAUAUCGAGAACUGGGACCACUUUCAAAAAUCUUUGUAAGUGAUAUUUUUUGUAACUUUUUUUUUUAGUAAAAGAUGUCUGGAUUAUGCUGCCAUAAGGCGACGUCAUUACCUGUGCUGAAGCUGGAUAUUUUUUUUUUUUUUUUUUUUUUACCUGUAAUCUUUAACCUUUUCAACAAAUAUUUUGACAUAUUGCAGUAAAUAUGUACAAGUGUAGAAUAUUUGUUCAAAGUUGUCAGAAAUAAAUAUGGACAUUUUAGACCUUUGUAUUAAACCUUCAGGAUGCUAUAUGAUUUUUUGAGACUAGGCUUUGUGAUGUUUCGUAAUUUUGUGUUACUUUAAAUGCUUGAAGGAUAACUACAAAAUAUGGUCAAUAUUCUGCUGAUGCUCCACAGCCAUUGCAUAUCAUAUGUAGAUUUAUGUUUUGAUCAGUACAGUUCGUCUGAUACUACAUAAAGUACAUUUCUUACAAUUCUAUAUGUGGGGUAAAUGAUAUUCCAGAGAUUGUGACCUGAGCCACAAAAUGGAUUUUCUUUGUUAAAAAGUACCUCAUGAUGGUUAUAAAAAUUCAUAUACUCCAACCUCAAUGCUCAAUAUGUUGUAUAUUUUUGUCAUUCAAUGAAAACCUGUUAACAUACAUUUACCCUAUAUGUAUAUGUUAAUUUUAAUGGUUGAAUUUAGCCUUGUAGAAGUAUACACUGUACUGGUGUCUUGAUUGGUGUAAACUUCAUGUUAUACAUGUGUUUGUACGGUGAUGUGUCCAUAGGAUGGCUGUGUGGAGCGAAAUUAGGUCAAUCUGACCUAAGGAAGGGUUGACACUUGACCUUUUAGACUUGUUAUCGAGGGUGG